UUGAUUCGAAUUUUCCAGGUAAUUGGAGUAGAUUGUUACUAUUCAAAAAGAUGUGCUCUGGCCUUGCCUCCUGGAGGACAUUGUCCAGAAGAUGCCACCUUCAGAGACCUAGUCUCAUGUUUUGUAGGGAUUCUGAGGUUGACUGCAUCACGUGGGUCACUGAAGGUCGAUCACGCAGCAUAAAAACUGGAGAAAGGGGCUGAAAAUGCUGCUACGCUUGACUAGCGGACAGCAAGCCAUCUGCGCAACUCACAAGAUUCGGGUUCUGGCAGGGUGCAAGGUUCUCGGGGCAAAUGAGCCCCCCACCACACACACACACACACACACACACACACACACACUCCCCUUGGGCGCCUCCAGGCUCAAACAGCUCUGCUGAAUAAAAAUAGCACCCUUUUCACCACCACUCCAUUCACCCCGCCUGCACCCAGAUCCUGUCUUUUGGGGUGAAAAGGCUGGUGGUAAAGGUUUAGGAAGAGGGCCUUGAUUGCGGCCUCGCCGGGAGAACCAAAGGGAUGCUGCUGAGUCUCAGCCUGCCUCCGGGAUUAUAGUGGGAUCUAGAUGGGGAAGUGCAUUGCUGAACUGGCCUAUAAUGAUCCUCUGGCAGGGACAGUGCGAAGCACAAAACAGGAGCAAGGCAUCUCACUGGCCCUGCCCCCUGCGCUAGGGCCCCGCCCCUGCACGAGCUCUUCCCCUGCGCUUAACUGGCGACUGCCCGAAGGGGCCGGGCUCUCUCGGCAGCCGGAACUCCCUUCUCUAGGUUGCUUGGGCAGCGGGAGGCUGCGGUGACAGGCUGGUGUCAACCGCGUCACCGCAGGGGUGGGCGCCUCAGCGUCACUCCGCAGGAACCUCCAGCUGCCCUAUCCCAUGGCCAAGGGUAUCGUCCCUGUGGAAGACCAGCCAGGAGCUCAAAGCCUGAAGCUGGGGGCAGAUCCUCUGCUGUCCCCAUCAUGGUCAAUGACCCACCAGUACCUGCCUUACUGUGGGCCCAGGAAGUAGGCCAUGUCUUGGCAGGCCGUGCCCGCAGGCUGUUGCUGCAGUUUGGGGUGCUCUUCUGCACCAUCCUCCUCUUGCUUUGGGUGUCUGUGUUCCUCUAUGGCUCUUUCUACUACUCCUACAUGCCGACUGUCAGCCACCUGAGUCCUGUGCAUUUCCACUACAGGACAGACUGUGAUUCCUCCACCGCCUCACUCUGCUCCUUCCCUGUUGCCAAUGUCUCGCUGGCUAAGAGUGGACGCGAUCGGGUGCUGAUGUAUGGACAGCCAUAUCGAGUCACCUUAGAGCUUGAAAUGCCAGAGUCCCCCGUGAAUCAAGACUUGGGCAUGUUCUUAGUCACUGUUUCAUGCUAUACCAGAGGUGGCCGAAUCGUCUCUACUUCUUCACGCUCAGUGAUGCUGCACUACCGCUCCCAGCUGCUCCAGAUACUUGACACACUGGUGUUCUCCAGCCUCCUGCUGUUUGGCUUUGCUGAGCAGAAGCAGCUCCUGGAGGUAGAACUCUACUCGGACUACAGGGAGAAUUCGUAUAUGCCCACAACUGGAGCAGUUAUUGAGAUUCAUAGCAAGCGCAUCCAGAUGUAUGCAGCAUACCUCCGCAUCCAUGCCCACUUCACUGGGCUCAGGUACCUGCUGUACAACUUCCCUGUGACCUGCGCCUUUGUGGGUGUCGCCAGCAACUUCACGUUCCUCAGCAUCAUCGCGCUCUUCAGCUACAUGCAGUGGGUGUGGGGGGGUGUCUGGCCCCGACACCGCUUCUCUUUGCAGGUUAAUAUCCGACAAGGGGAUAGCUCACGACAGGGUGCCCAGCGUCGCAUUUCUCGCCAUCAGCCAGGCCGGGAGGAGCCUACCCAGCGGUCAGACAUGACAGAGGAUGGUGAGAGCCCUGAAGAUCCCGCAGGAACAGAGGGCCAGCUGUCUGAGGAAGAGAAACCACGACGACAGCCCCUGAAUGGAGAGGAGGAGCAAGAGCCAGAGGCUAGUGAUGGUUCAGGCUCCUGGGAAGAUGCAGCUUUGCUGACGGACGCCAACCUGCCUACCUCUGCCUCUACCUCCACCUCUGCCCUUUCCCCUGAGACUCUGGGUAGCCGUGAACCUUCUGUGGGCACCAUCAGGCAGCGUCCAACAUGCUCCAGUUCCUGAACAAAAAGACUCCUCACAUUCCAGCGCUUCCCCGUCUGACCCUUCUCCCCUUGCUGUCCCCUUAAUAAACUAUUUUGUGUCAGGUG